AAAAAGCAGUCUAAAAUGGCAAACUCUAUGAAGACGGCUGUGAUCGGAGCAGGCGUCGCCGGACUAGUCGCCGCCCGAGAACUGAAAAGAGAAGGCCACAAAGUAACCGUUUUCGAAAAAUCAUCAAAACUAGGAGGGACAUGGGUCUACAAUCCCCAUAUAGAAUCCGAUCCAAUUAGCAUCGACCCGAACCGAGAAAUCAUCCAUAGUAGUCUCUAUUUCUCUCUUCGAACAAAUCUUCCCAGAGAUUUAAUGGGUUUCUCCGAUUAUCCAUUUCUGAUCAGAGAAAAUGGAGAUCAAAGGAAUUAUCCGGGUCACCAAGAGUUUCUUUCGUUUUUGAACGAAUUCGCGAGGGAUUUUGAGAUCAGUGAGUUGAUUCGGUUCAACUCGGAGGUGAUCGAAGUAAAACGGGUUGAAUCGAACGGCGGCGGGUGGUCGGUGGAGGUCAGAAACGGUGGCGAUGAUGAUAAGAUGGGUUUAUUUGAAACAGAGAUUUUUGAUGGUGUUGUGAUUUGUAAUGGUCAUCAAACAAUACCCAAUUUGGCGAAUCCUUUAGGUAUUGAAAAUUGGAAAGGAAAGCAGAUUCAUAGUCAUAAUUAUCGGAUUCCUCAACCAUUCAUCGAUCAGGUAAUUUCAAUUUUAUGA